AUGAGGUUCGCCAACGUCGUUGUUUUCGGGGCUGCGUUGUCGCCCUUUGCCAGCGCUGCCGACUUCGUGACGGGCAGCCGCGAAUCGGUAGAUACUUUCAAGUAUACUAUCAACAAGUGUACCGACGCGAAGCCAUGUUCUCUGUACUUGGUGAGGCUGGCGACCAUGGAAAGGGUCGCGACUAUUUUUGAAAACCGGGCGGGCACAGAGUUCACGGCCAAGAUACAGAAUGUCCCGUCUGGCACGUAUAUCUUCCAGGCUACCGGGGGCGAAGACGGCAAGACGACGACGACGACGCAGUUCACCGACUUCUUCGGCCACGGCAUCGUCCAACCCUUCUCCUCCUCCGGGACCCGCCAGGGCCUCAUCUGCUUCUGGUUCUACAGGUACGUCGGCUCGCUGGGCAGCUGGAUAUUGACCGCCGCCCCGACGGCCAGCCUGUCGGAUGCUGCAAUCGUCUGUCAGGUCGGCGGACAGUUUGACGAGAAGCUCUGCAGCUGGAACAUCUCGGACUCCAGAAACGUCUUUGAGAAGUUCUGCACCGGGUACGAGGGAAUCGUCGUCGACGAAAACGGCAACAGCGCCGUCGACGACAGCAAGUGCCCCUAG